UGUAGUCUCAUAAAUAAUGAUACUCCCAAACUAGAACUCUCGGUAACAUUCCAUCGUCCGACAAACCACUAUAUAAUCCGAAACAUCCUCUCCUUUUUUCGCAGUAUCAAUUCAUCAAACACUUUAACAUACAAACCGACAAUUUCUCGACUUCAACAAAACCGUUCAUUCAUUCCCCAGAAAUGGAUUUGAGGAACUUUGGGAUCGACUCUGCCCUCCUCUCAACCCUCCAAGAGAUGAUGGAUUUCGGCGAAGACCACGAAAAACCGACACAGAACAACCCCUCAAGAGCCUACGUCCGUGACACCAAGGCCAUGGCGGCGACACCGGCGGAUGUGAAAGAAUACCCGAGUUCUUAUGUUUUCAUUGUGGACAUGCCGGGAAUCAAGGCCUGUGAGAUCAAAGUGCAGCUGGAGGACGACAAUGUGCUGGUGGUGAGCGGGGAGAGACGUAGAGGGAAAGAGGAUGGAGUGAAGUAUGUGAGAAUGGAGAGGAGAGUGGGGAAGUUUAUGAGGAAGUUUGUGCUGCCGGAAAAUGCGAAUACUAAUGCUAUUUCUGCAGUUUCGCGGGAUGGUGUGCUGACUGUUACUGUUGAAAAGCUGCCGCCGCCGGAGCCGAAGAAGCCCAAGACCAUUGACGUCAAGAUUGGUUAAGGGAACACUUAACUAGUGGAGCUUAAAACCCGUUUUUCUCUGCUGCUGCUCUUUCUAUCUGCUUUUAUGCCGAAUCAAGAUUUUCAUUUGUCUGUUUUUUUCUUUCCUAAGUUGUGCAAUCUUAAUGUACGGUUGAUCAGUGCUCAAUUUAUGUACAAUUGAAUGACGGUGAUGUCCAAAGGUUUGUUAGAUUAUCCAGUGAAGCGAGUUUUGAAUAAUGACAGAAUUUUUAUCAUUUUCUUA